GUCGAUCGUCCGGCUUCGACAGCUUCUUGCGUCCUCAACACCACCACUACCACCAUCACCCCUGACGACGCCCACGCACAAUGUCAGCAAUCGAAUUGCUGAACCCACGCGCGGAGAGUGUCCGCCGUACUCAGGCGCUCCAGGUCAACACGGCAGGUGCAGUCGGUCUCGCUCAAGUCGUCUCUGCCAACUUGGGGCCACGCGGCUCACUCAAGCUCCUCGUCGACGGGUCGGGAAACCUCAAGAUGACAAAAGACGGCAAAGUUCUCUUGACCGAGAUGCAGAUCCAGAACCCCACGGCAGCGAUGGUAGCCCGCACAGCGGUGGCGCAGGACGACCAGUGCGGGGACGGGACAACGAGCGUGGUCCUGCUGGUGGGCGAGCUCCUCAAGCAGGCAGAGCGCUACAUCCAGGAAGGGGUUCACCCUCGUGUGCUCAGCGAGGGUUUUGAGGCGGGCAAGUUGGGCGCUCUGCAAUUCCUCGAGAAGUUCAAGCACUCCAACCCAAGCUUGGACCGUAAGGAGCUCAUCCAGGUAGCGCUUACCUCCUUGGCGACCAAAGUGCACCCACAGCUCGCUCAGCAGCUCGCUGCAGACGUCGUAGACGCCGUACUGGCCAUUCGUCCCUCGACGACCAGCACCAUUAGUGCCCCUACACCCAAGGCGGACGGGUCGAGCGAGGGCGUAAAAGAUUGGGAGGUGCGAGACCCCAUUGACCUGCACAUGGUCGAGAUAAUGAAGAUGCAGCAUCGCACCGAAACCGACACUUCCCUCAUCCGCGGCCUCGUCCUCGACCACGGAGCGCGACACGCGGACAUGCCCAAGCGAGUGGAGAAUGCCUACGUCCUCACGCUGAAUGUGAGCUUGGAGUACGAGAAGACCGAGGUUAACUCGUCCUUCUUCUACUCGAGCGCAGAGCAGCGCGAAAAGCUCGUAGAGAGCGAGCGACGAUUCGUUGAUGCCAAGCUCAAAAAGAUCGUCGAGCUCAAGAGACAGGUGUGCGACCAGGAGGUGAGCGGCAGCUCGUCCUCGCCGAAGAAGAACUUUGUCAUCUUCAACCAAAAGGGCAUAGACCCCAUGUCCCUCGACGUCCUCGCCAAAGAAGGCAUCCUAGCCCUCCGCCGAGCCAAACGCCGUAACAUGGAGCGUCUCCAACUCUCCUGCGGCGGGACAGCAAUGAACAGCGUGGACGACCUCACGCCCUCGGUGCUCGGUCACGCGGGGUUGAUCUACGAGCACACUUUGGGCGAAGAAAAAUACACUUUCGUAGAGGACUGCGCUGAGCCUAAAUCGGUGACUCUCUUGAUCAAAGGGCCGAACAGCCACACGACGGGACAGAUCCAGGACGCCAUUCGCGAUGGACUGCGCAGCGUCAAGAACGCCAUUGAGGACGGAGCACUUGUGCCAGGAGGGGGGGCAUUCGAGGUGGCAGCGGCGGAACAUCUCGUCUCGGUGGUCAAGGCAGACACCAAGGGGCGCGCAAAGCUGGGCGUGCAAGCCUUUGCGGACGCUCUGCUUGUCAUCCCCAAGACUCUGGCCCGAAAUGCUGGGUUGGACGUCCAGGACGCCAUUGUGGCUAUGCAAGACGAGCUGGCCUCGCACUCCGAAGGCGCAGAAGGCAAGGAGGCUGUUGGUCUGGAUCUGGUCAGUGGGGAGCCUUGCGAUGUGGUUUCGCUGGGGGUGUGGGACAACUACAGGGUUAAGAGACACAUGAUUCAUUCGUGUGCGGUUAUUGCGGGCAAUCUGUUGAGCGUUGAUGAGAUUUUGAGGGCGGGGAGGAGUAGUUUGAAGAGUGGGGGGCAGUAAGGGGAUGAAGGAUGGGAAGGGAGCGGCGAGUCUAAUAGAGGGCAUCUGCACACAUGCGAGACGAGGUGAAGAGGGCGGCGAGGAGACGAGUGUGAAGUGAAGACACAAAGCAAGAAGCCAAGCCUGGUCUGAUUUGGC